GUCCCAAGGGAGACUUCCGGUGAAGGGGCACCAGACGCUCGAAGUGGGAACCUCAGCUGCUAGGCCGAGGGGCGCGGGGCGCUAGAGGAGGCGCGGGCCGGGUCUGCGGGGGCGCGGGCCAGAGAGCGGGCGGCGGGCCGAGCCGGGGGAAGCCAGAGGAGGGCCGGGCCCCGCCGCGUCCGCCGCCAUGGACCCGUUCCUGGUGCUGCUGCACUCGGUGUCGGCCGGCCUGUCGAGCAGCGAGCUGACCGAGCUCAAGUUCCUGUGUCAGAGCCGCGUGGGCAAGAGGAAGCUGGAGCGCGUGCAGAGUGGCCUGGACCUCUUCUCCGUGCUGCUGGAGCAGAACGAGAUGAGCCCCGAGAACACCGUGCUGCUCCGCGAGAUGCUCGUCUCCCUGCGGCGCCAGGACCUACUGCGGCGCCUGGACGACUUCGAGGCGGGCGCGGCGGGCGGGGCCGCGCCGGAGGAGCGAGACCUGCAGGCAGCGUUUGACAUCAUCUGUGAUAAUGUGGGGAAGGACUGGAGGAAACUGGCUCGUCACCUCAGAGUGUCUGACGCCAAGAUUGAAGCCAUUGAGGAGAAGUAUCCCCGGAACCUGGCAGAACAGGUGAGGGAGUCGCUGAGAGUCUGGAAGAACAGCAGGAGGGAGGAUGCAGCCGCAUCCCACCUGGUGAGGGCACUCAGGGCCUGCCGGCUGAACCUGGUGGCAGACCUCAUCGAGGAGGGUCAGCGGGCCCGGGCCCUCCAGAGCGAGAGUGGGGACCCUGUGUCCCUCUCGUCCUGGGACUCAGACUCGCCCGCCUCAGGGGCCUCGCGAUGACCCAGCUGCUCUUCUCCAGGACCAAAGGCAUCUGCCCACUCUGAACUUCGGUCCCCUCCGCCGCAGUUGACACGUCCCCUCCGUGCCAGCGUGUGAAGACCCGGCAGGGAGCCGCCUGAGGGCCCACGCGGGCUCUGGGCACUGUAAUCACCCUCAGAGGGAGGUGCUUUCCUCCUGGUUAAACGAGUUCCUACCGGAGGUCACUGCGGGCCACACCCGACACGUAGGAGGGACCUAUAAAAGGUAGCAGUUAGGGUUAUAAACCUGGCCGUUGUCCCAGCGAGGAGGUGCACAGUCGAACUGGAGGCAAGUCAGUAGUAAUGGGGGGGCUGGGCUGGGGGCCAACGCCGUCCAGCUCUGGAGCCCGCGCUUGGAACCACUGGCUCCUUCUGCCGUCCCCACGGUUGCCAAAGGCUUCGAGGCUGGCGGUGUAGACCCGUCUCGCAGGGCAGGUGGCGUGGGGGUGAGGCGAUGCCUGUGAGGUGGUCAGAUGUGGACACAGGGCUGGGCGGAUGCUAGUUCGGAGAAGUAUGAUUCCUGUGAUUCCACAGUGUGUUACUAUUUUGUGUCAAAACCACUAUCUUUCUGAUAACAGAGUUGGCAAGGGAGCUGGAGCCUGUGAUUUUAAGAAGUAAUCUUUCUUCCUGCUUCUCAGGUAACCCUAGUGAAGCAAGGGCCUUUACAGAGGAAACCUCCACAUUACAAAGAAUUCUCUCUUCCCAUUGAUGAUGAUUUCAUUUUACACGCUCUCAGAAGUCCCAUUGUAGUCGAUUUCAGUGUCCCUUGAAGGUUAUUACAGGCCCAACCUGGGAGUAGGGUGGCUGCAUUUCAUAACAGCUCCGGGGACCACUAACGAGGGGAGUGUUUAGGGGGGUGGGAUGAAUUAGGAGAUUGGGAUUGACAUAUACACACUGCUGUGUAUUGUAUAAAGUGGCAGAGCCCAGCGGCCAUGCCGUGCGCCUUCCUGCUGUGACCUUGGGAAAGCCACUUGUGACAUCAUGCCCUGCCGCCUUGACCUUGGCUUGCUGAGACCCUAGUAGCACUCCCCACCAGGCUGUGGACCCAGCCUUCAGCAGAUGCUUAGUGCCAGGCACUGCUAGGAGCUGGGGUCAUGCAGCAGACAGGACAGAAGUGGCCCUACUCUGUUGGCCCCGGAAGCCUGGCCGGGAACACGGGUGUUAGCCAGUUCAUCACAAGUGUGGGAGUUGAGCCAGUUCAGCCCCGGAGUGGCGUGGCCUGGCCCGGUUUGUGCACUGAACAUCCCCCCGCCUGCCGGGAGCAUCUGCCUCUUCAGGACCUCGGGUCGGGGCUCAUUCUGUGGAUAACACGCACGUCGUCGUCGUCGUCAGUGCAUGAGAGUGGCUUGGCUAAUGGGUCGCUUUGGGAAAUAGGUGAUCUGGAAAAUGUGUCCACGUUUCUUGAACGGAGGCAGAUUUCAGAGGUGUUGCCAGUCUUCUUACGGUUUAUGGCACAUGCUACUGAAACGUGAGGGUGCUGGGCACCCUGGCCUCCGGCCUGCACCCCCGGCACGGUCCUCAGCCCUGGAAGGAACCUGUACCCUCUGUCGCACCACGUGUUCUCAUGGAGGCUUUGACAACACAUGCUUACAGCACUCGGGAUUGUCCGAUGCCUGGGACCCGGCACUGGGCCGACUCCGUGCCACGUGAGGUGAGGCACUGGUCCCCCUGGGCACUGACAUCCCAAGGCUUCCCUCGGCGAGCUGCUCUGGUCCACGUGGUGAGGGAGUUGGAGCAGCCUCAGUAGACCAGUCAUGUGACCUAAUCUCACCACCCGAGGCACAGAUCUGAGUUCCAGGACAGAAGAGGUGAUGGAUGAGAAAGCGCCUCCUUCCGGCACUGUGGUCCGCCUCCCAGGGCCUGGAGGUGGGCCAGCCGUGGUGGCUCUGGGCCACUGGGGCAAAGCUGCAGAGCCUGGUGGUGGGUGAGCUUGCACAAGAAACUGGCCCCGGAAGGCGGGAGCUCUAGGCCAGGUAGAAUCCUCCGUUUGUUCGGUCCUCAGUGGUCAGGAGGCUUCCACUGUAGCCGCGCUGCCAGGCAUUGAGGUGAGACUGAGCAAGGAGGCAGCCUGCCCUCAGAAAGCACAGAAUUUCCCCAGUUUUGUGACACAACAGGAAAAGGCACAAUAAAAGUGUAUAGAAGGACUUCCCUGGCGGUCCAGUGGUUAAGACUUCACCUUCCAAUGCAGGGGGUGCGUCGGGGAGCUAAGACCCCACGUGCCUCACAGCCAAAAAACCAAAACAAGCAAUAUUGUAACAGAUUCAAUAAAGACUUCAAAAAUGGUCCACAUCAAAAAAAGUGUAUAGAACAAGCACAAAUGCCUCUACGGGCCCUAAAAGUGGAAAGGUACACAGCAAACGUUGGAGAACAGUUCUCUGAAUGAUAGUUUUUCUGUAUGCUAGCUACGUUUUCCCUGAUUCUGUAACGUGGUUUCAGUUGUCCGCCAAAUACCAGUCCCAGGUGUGAUGUGGACCGUGAGGGGGGGUGUCCUGGAGCGCAGGGGGCCGCGUGGGCUCUCGAGCCUGACCUGGCUGUGAACCGGGGGCUCUGUCCCUUGGGGCUCCACCUCCCUGAAAAGGGGCCAUUGGAUAAAUAUGAAGUGCUUGGCCAAGUCUGUGGCACUAUUUUUACCUUAAAAACAAACACAUGUCACCCAGAGCCCCGGAGGUCUGCCAAAGGCUGUUCUGCUCUGUGUGGUCUCAGAACAUCGAGCCUGGCCUUUGUGCGUCUUGCGGGAUCUUGGCUCCCUGAUCAGGGAUGGAACCCGUGCCCCCUGCAGUGGAAGCGCAGAGUCCUAAGCGCUGGACCGCCAGGGAGGUCCCGUUCCGGGUCUUCUCAUAACCGCUCCUGGGACAGACAUGGUUGACAUCGAACCAGAACUGCGACCCCGGGGACCCGUCAGCUACACCCCACGUAGGCAGGGCACUGCCGCAGUUUUUGGACAAGGGUUUCUCACAGCAACUUUCCAAAAACAACCAUCCCUUUUUUUUUUCUUCAGUCACGUAACAUUAACUGUUUCUGAUAAAGCUGCACACGAGUCGUGUGGUUUCUACUUGGACGCUGACGUUAGGAGCGACAUUCUGCUCUCGAUCCUUUUUCCCCUGAGAGGAAGGGAAAGAAGCGUCCAGGUGUACAUGCUGUGCGGGAGAUCUGCCGGCAAUGGAGGAGAAGUUGAACAAGUGUUUCCUCGACGAGGGUCUUUCCCUCUCCCGGCCCGCAGGUUUCCCGGCCUCACAGCCUCCCUCUAACACCUCGCCAAGGCCACCCCUGCUCCUGGGCGCACGGGGCUGUGGGCCCCCGUCCAGGGCCCCCGCCCCCUCCAGACUCUUCCGUUGGGGGCGGGGCCUGGCAGCCCCCACUCCCUCCUGCUCUCCCCACUGGCUGGCCUGCCUCCCGUCCGCUCCUCUUCCUCCCUAGCGACCCCACGGCCACCCCCAAAGUGCACUGCAGGGUGGAGGCUGCCGGUCCCACGGUGCGAUCUCCUGGUUUGUGCGGCCUCUAGGGCACCUGUUCUCCUGGCCGCUCCCCCCGGCCUCCUUACCCUGUCCCAGCACCAGCCCCCCACCCGUGGGAGCACCUUGGCCUCGUCUCUCCCAGGUCCCUGGUGCCUCCCACCUCUCUCUCGAAGCCCCCAGACCCGUACUGUCAGAUAGCUGCGGGCAACGCUUGCCAUGCAAGGGAGCGGAUCACGGGUUUCUGGGGUUCGGACGUGGGCGUCGUGGGGGCAGGUGUUCCGCCCAGCGCACGCCGCCUCCGCCUCAGCAUCCCCCCACGCGUGCCCGGUUCCGUGCCUCGCGCCACAGCCGGGUCAGUUGCCCUCGGCGCAGACCGCGGCCCCCUCCCUGGGGCUCGCGCUCCGGUGCGCAGCAGCACCAGCUUCUCUGGACCCUGCCUCGCAAGCCUCUCUCGUUCCCCCCACCCCGCCCCCCAGCGGGGCUCCGGCCUUCUCAGGACAGCCCCGCCUCUGCCCCUUCUGACCCGCCCCCAUCAGCCGCCAGAAAUAGUCGUACUACAGACUCCUGACUGUAUUCCUAGAAACCGCAAGCUCUCUCCACAUAUUUUUCAGUUUUGUGUCUUUCUUCCCAUGAUACGUAUUCUGAGUCAUCUCGCUGACUGCUUUCUAACCACAGGAUUCCUGUGUGCAGCGAGUUUUGGAACCAGACAGGCGAGCGUGACGCAGGGUAGCAUGUGCUUAUGCGAAAAUGGCCAGUCACCCUACAUCGGCCGGAACAGGCAAAACUUCUCUUUUACAAGGAAAAUGUGCAAUUGAAACCCGUUUUCGUCAGAGGCCCUCAGUUUCUUAAGUCAGUGACUAAGUUAAGACACUGUGGCAAGAGUCCCACGUGGGUACCAACCACAUUAAUUGUCACCAGGCAACAGAGGCCGCGUCAGUGCGUGAGCGGUGUCCUCAUGAAGCAGAGGCUGGAAACCGAAGAACGUGGGCCAUUUGGUCACCCAGGCACCAGGCAGGGCUAAGCUUCCCUUCCCCACACCUGCUUGGUGACAGUCUCGACACAGGCAAUGAUUUUGUUUCAGCACGUGUGGUUUCAUGGGACAGACCUUCUGUCUGGGGAGAUGACAAAGUUCCCGAGAUGGCUGGGAUGAUGGUUGACAACAUUGUGAGUGAAGACGGUGAAUUUUAUGUUGUGUAUUAUUUUACCACAAUUUUUAAAAUCAUCCUUCACGUUAAAUUAACCAUUUAAUUAUAUUAUUAAUCUAAAUUGUAUUCGUUUCGUGGGCUUCUCUCUGUCUAAUUUGAAUUUUAUUGGCGUUUUAUAAGUUGCGAGGGCUAGGAGCAUAAGCUCGUCUCCGGCCUCUGUGUGUGUUGAAGUAACAUUAUCACAAAUAAAACCUUGUCCAUCCCUGGGA